AGUUAGAUCAGAGCAAAUCAGCACCUUUCAGUGGAUCAGUUGUAGUGCGGUAGUCGAUCGUGAAAGUUCUUUUUCUUUUAGAAUGUGGAUCGUAAUAUUAGGUUUUAUUGCUAUUUUGAGCCUGGCGGCUAUCUGGUCCAUAGUGCAGAAGAAUAGUUAUCCGAAAACUGUCGGUGUUGCAGAGCCAUGGUAUCCGUUGAUUGGGAAUGGAUUGCUUUUUCUCGGACAGAAUGACCUGAAGAAAUUUCAGAAUUUGGAAAAGAUAUUCUCUGCUGCACAAGAGGAUUUGUUUCGAUUGUAUUUAGGUCCAAAAAUAAUUUUCUUCACGACUGAUGUAAAUAUGGCUCAGAAAAUCAUGACCAAUCCCAUCUGCAUGGAGAGACCAUACAUGUACGACUUUUUCAAACUCAAUGAAGGAUUGUUUGCGGCUAAAUUUCACCACUGGAAAGGUCAAAGGAAAGCGCUGAACCCUGCCUUCAACAUGAAAAUACUGGAGAGUUUCGUGCCGAUCUUUUGUAACGCAACCAAGAAUAUGCUGCAGCGACUGGACGCCAUUCCGGCGAGAGAAACGAUCAACAUCAUGGAGUAUCUGUCGAGGUGCACGUUGGAAAUGACUUGUGCGACAACGUUCGAGUUCGAUGUGAACGAUUUUCCCAAAGUCGAUGAAUUGUUAGAUUACAUGGAAAGGUUUUUCUACUAUGGAGCCAAAAGAAUGUUAAAAUUCCAAUACCACCAAGACUUCAUCUAUCGCUGGACUCAAGACUACCGGGAACAAACAAGUGUGCGUAAAUUUUUGGAUGCAUAUGGAGUACAGCUCUAUAAUAAUGCGCACGAGAGGUACACUAAAGGAUUACUAACAAAUGAUCAAACCGAGGACGAUAAUAACGAAGGUUUCCGAAAACCACAACUUUUUGUGAAUCAAAUUUUCACCAACACCUUGCGAAAGUUCGACCGAGAGGAAAUUAUCCAUAACAUAUUCACGAUAGUCGGCGCUGGGACGGACACCUCGGCCACUGAGGUAUCCUACACAUUGCUGCAGUUGGCUAUGUAUCCGGGCUAUCAGCAAAAAGUGUACGAGGAAAUCAUGGACAUUUUCCCGGAAACUGAACCACAUAUUACCCCGGAAUCUCUUAAACGACUCCAGUACACGGAAAUGGUAUUGAACGAGUGUUUGCGAUUGUAUCCUGUAGCGCCGAACCUGUUGCGCGAAAACACUGAAGAUAUCACGCUUUGUGGAGCACGGAUUCCCAAAGGGUCCAUGUUUGGAAUAAGUACCUACAGCAUUCAUCGGCGGAAGGACAUAUGGGGACCGGAUGCCGACCGUUUCGACCCGGAGAGAUUUUCACCAAAACGAUCUGCUGGAAGGCAUCCGUUUGCAUUUUUGACGUUUAGUGGAGGAUCCCGAAAUUGCGUGGGUGCUCGUUAUGCGAUGAUCAGUAUGAAGAUAAUGCUGUUAUAUCUGCUGAAGAGGUACCGUUUCAAAACCAAAAUACGAGAGGAAGACAUGCGAUUCCGUUUCGAAGCUGUAUUACGCUUAGAUGGAGGUCAUUUAGUCCAGAUUGAAAAACGCCAAUAACAUGAAUACUAUUUGAAAAUGGUGUUGUUCAAAUUGGGAUGAAAAAGGGAAACAGGGAAUUAGUAUUUUGAACUUUAAUGAAAUGAAGCAAGCAAGGCAGCAACGCAUUGAUG